AUGGACAACGAACUCAAAUUCUACAUGCUGAAAAACACCAAAACGAUGGGACACCGGGAGUUCGAGAAGCAAAUUCUCCCACAGUUGCAGGCAAAAUUCCCUGGGCUAAGCGGUGUGAAGGAGGUCUGA